AUGGCGUGCCCACUCUAUGCGCUGGAAUGUUAUUAUUGUUACAGCGAUAGCCCCGACGAUGCAUGUUACGCUAACGUGACCGGUACAGAGAUGACAUGCACUGGAUUUACCGAUCCUAGGUGUGGGGUUGGUCACGUGGUCAUUGGUGACGAAGAUGACGAUCAAUUGGAGCUGUACUUUCGUGGGUGUGUGGAAAACGAUGAAUGUGGUGACAUUUUAGACUGCAUGCCAGGAUUAGACGUGUAUGGGUGUUCCAGUUGCUGUAACGAAGACAAUUGUAACGAUGGCGCAUGCGCUGUCGACUAUGAUUGUUCCGGUGCCGGUGAUUUGCUGUCAAAUACCAAACUUGGUGUCGCUAUUUUAUUAUUAGGACUCAGUUACAUUAUGUAG